CGCACCCAAAAAUUUAAAUCAGAGAGAAAAGCAUAGAACAGCUUUUUGAAAAUCAUUCCUCGCUGCUUUCAACUUUCAGAAAGCAAAAACUUGCAUACGAAGCCAACUACAGAAAUGUAGAAGUAGAAAAAAAUGAUGAAGGACUAAACUGUUAAUAUAUCAAAUUUGUUGUCCAUAGCAAUGAACUUACAGAGCUGCUUGUAAGGUCGCCAUUGGUGUGGAACAAAUCAUCACUGUAUAUGCUUUAAUAUUAGGAAGAAGGGGCCAAAUUCUGUAACCCAGUUCCCCAUUAAAAGGACCCGGUUUAAGUAUAUUGCAGAGGGUUAUGGAGAAAGUUUCUGUAUGGUGGGACAUGGAUAGUUGCCCAUUGCCAUCCCAGAUGGAUCCCUUUGUAGUAAGUUCAAUGGCGAAAAAAUCGUUUGAAAAUUUUAACAUAGGUGAUGGGAGUGAGAUUGGCCAUCAAUUUAAUGCUUACAAAUACCCAUCUGAAAAGGAGGGUGAUAUUGAGCUUGGUCAGACAAUGGUUAACUCUGGAAUCAACCUGCAACUGAUUCAUCCUGGUAAUAGCAAUGAAAUUGAGAAAAUGAUAAUGGUAGACGUGCUCCUUUGGGCUAUGGAUGUGCCCCAGCCAGGGGAUAUCAUUUUCAUUGUAGGGAAUGUGGAUUUUUCCUACCUGUUUCACAAGCUUCAGGAGAGAUCUUUUAAUGUGUUCUUGGUGUGUGUUUCUGUUGAUCAAAUGCCUUAUGAUAUGUUAACUGCAGCAAACGAUUGCCUGGAAUGGUUAACUUUAUUGGAAUUGUCAGGGCAGAAUGAAGAAAAGUUGCAGUUUUCCAGCAUUCUCCAUGGAUGUCCUGAGCAUCAUCAGGAUUUCUCUAAUACUUACUCUAGCUCUGCAUCUACCGUUAGUAAUAGUACAAAGGAAUGGGAAGACAAUCAGAACAUAUCUAAUUAUAUUACAGAGGAUUCUUUGACUGACCAAUUAUCUUUCAACAAUGAAUGGGAAGACAAUCGGAAUAUGUCUAAUUUUAGUUAUAUUCCAGAGGAUUCUUUCAGUGGCCAAUCAUCUUUCACCAAUGAAUGGGACUUAAGCCCAUUCAGUAUUCCUCCAUUAAAUGAAUCUGCCACAGUGACACGGCAGCAGCCACAGAGUCCCGGCUUUCAGGAGCAUGGUAAUCAAAGCACUGGGAAACCUAUGGAUCCUGCAGAAACCAAACACAGGAAUUGGAAGUCUCCUCCAAUAACUGGGCCUAAGAAAGCUUCAGUGCAUGAAUUCAAGGCAUGGUUUAGCCAAGCUCUCAAUUGUAAAGAAAGAGAGUCUGGGUAUAAUAUUUUAUACAUUUGCAUGGAAUUUGAGAAUGCAACUGGCAAGAUCCUCGAUUUCAACAUAAUGAAUCUGCUACAGCAAUGCAAGGAUAUAGCAGAGGUCAAGGAAGUGAAAAAGGGGCUACAUUUGGCAUUCCCUGUUAAAACAAAUAAACAAAAGCCUUUUAAAACAAGGAAACCAAAUCCUAACCCUAAACCUAAGAUUGGAAAGCCUGAAAAUCCAUCUUCUGGAGUGAAUUGUAAUCCUAAUUUGCAAACUAACAGGAAACGCAAUUCAAAUCCAAAAGCAAAAGCAAAAGCAAAAUCAGAAGCAGAACAAAAAUCAAAGACAAAAGCUUCGGCAGCAGAUUUCCAUGACUUCUUAUUGCAUAUGGUGAACACAGGUGAAUUCUCACAGGGUUUUCCAAUGUCCCAAAUUCAUAAAAGGUUUGAAUCUGUUUCUGGAAAGUGUCUUGAUAUACAGUACCUAGGAUACCAGGAACUGAUUGACCUUAUCAAAGUAUAUGGUAGUCCUGUAGCAGUGGACGAGACAAGGCAAGGACAACUGCGACUAUAUCCCGCAGGUUUUCCCAGGGAAAUAAUUUCCAAUUCCUAUUUCAGUACAAAAAAUGAAGAAUUUCCUGUCAACAAGGUCAAAAAUGUUGCUAACCACGAAGCAAAACUAGAGAUGAACCGCCCUUAUACUGGUGGAGGCUUCCAGUCACCACAGAAUAAGGCUUGGAAGGACAUCUCAUAAAAAAUUAUCUCACCAGAACUCUGAGUUGGCCAUUACUGAAAUUGAAUGGCCAUCCAUGAGUUUAAACACAUUCUCACAAGCCACGGAAGGAUCUAAGUAUCUCUAACAAUGCCUCUCCAGUUUACAGGGUAAGGGGAAUGGCCCUACUAGCAAUGUAGCUGUGGAGCCAUGCUUAAGCCUUUCAAAACAUGAGAGGAAAUAGAAAUGUUUUCGAAUAAGUUGUUAUUCUCAAGAUCUGAGUAUCUCUUAACAAUCUAUUAUGUGCCUAGAGAUAUGAUAUUAUAAUUAUAAUGUAUAUAGGUUAGUGGAAAUGUCCAGGUACACAUCUUUUAGCCUAUUAUGUGGGGCAAUACCUCCUCAUUAUGUUACUGAAAGAGGUCUAUGUAAAGGAGGGAAUAUUAUUGUAAAAGAUGUUAUAAUGUAUAUAGGUUAGUGGAAAUGUCCAGGUACAUAUCUUUUAGCCUAUUAUGUUGGGCAAUACCUCCUCAUUAUGUUACUGAAAGAGGUCUAUGUAAAGGAGGGAAUAUUAUUGUAAAAGAUGUGAAGAGUAUUCUAUUUCUGAAUAUAUUUAUGUAAUGGAAUCUAUUGAAAUGA